AUGACAUUUCGCAACAGACAAGAGAAGCAAUCUGGUUCCCUUUCCGGAAAAAAACAGGAAUAUGAUUUUGACGAUAAAAAGAAGGAAUUCAUAGUUCAAUUUUCGGACAAAAAAGAUGAUACUCUCUCUUUGAUAGUUUUAGCGGUGCUCACUUUUUCAGCAUUUGUGACUCGCUUUUGGAUGAUCAAUCAUCCGGAUCAAGUUGUUUUCGAUGAAGUUCAUUUUGGAAAAUUCGCGAGUUUUUAUCUUAGAAGAGAAUAUUAUUUUGAUGUUCAUCCACCUCUUGCUAAAUUGAUGUUAGCGGGUAUGGGAUGGCUUCUGGGUUACGAUGGCCAUUUCGAAUUUGAUAAUAUUGGAGAUGAUUAUAUAACGAAUGAUGUUCCUUACGUGGGAUUCCGAGCGUUACCUGCCACACUAGGGGCGCUUUUCGUUCCUUUGACUUAUAUGAUCAUGAAAGAAUCCGGGUAUCCGAUAGUUACUUCACUAUUCGCCGCUGGAUUAGUACUUUUUGAUAAUGCCCUAAUAUGUCAAACGCGUUUAAUUCUUCUUGAUUCGAUGCUUGUUUUCUUUAUGCUCUGUACUUUCUAUUGUUAUAUUCGAUUUUAUAAGCUACGUUUAAGGGAAUUUUCUAAUGAGUGGUACAUUUGGUUGGUUGCUUGUGGAGUUUCGCUUGGUUUAACUUUAAGCGUAAAAAUGGUUGGCUUGUUUACAGUCGCCACCAUCGGAUAUGCAGUUCUUAAUGAUUUAUGGAAUUUAUUGGAUAUUAAUCGUGGGUUAUCAAUGACCCAAUUUAAAAAACAUUUUUUCGUACGUGCUCUAGGUUUGAUAGUCGUACCACUUUCUAUAUAUUUAUUUUGGUUUUACAUCCAUUUUCUUGUAUUAAGCAAAAGUGGUGCCGGUGACGGAUUUAUGAGCCCAGCAUUUCAAGAAACGUUAGAAGGCAAUGUAAUGAGUCUUCAAAGCUAUGUAUUUUUACAUUCUCAUCUUGCUCGUUAUCCUCUUCGAUAUGAUGAUGGACGUAUAAGUAGUGCAGGACAGCAAGUUACAGGAUAUCCCUUUGACGAUAUUAAUAAUCAUUGGCGUAUAAUACCCGCGGAAGGGUUCUUUGAUACAUCAAGGCCAGAGAAUGACACGAUAUACCACGGCGAUCAUAUAUUGCUUGAACAUAUUAAUACCAAAACUAUUCUUCUCACACAUGAUGUUGCUUCACCCACCAUGCCGACAAACCAAGAAUUUACUACAAUAGCAGCCAACGAUACUUCUCGUUAUAACGAAACUGUUUUUCAAAUUCUCAUAAAUGAUGGUGAUGAGGAUACUGUCUGGAAAACAAAAUCAAGUCAUUUCAGAUUGAUUCAUUAUGAUACUAACGUUGCACUUUGGACACAUAAAAAGAAUUUACCUGAAUGGGAUACUGAAAAUUUGGAGCCAAAACCUCUCAAACAUAUACCUUUUUACAAGAAAUUCUUUGAAUUACAACGUUUAAUGAUUAGUCAUAACUCCGGGUUGACAAAACCUCAUCCCUAUUCAUCCGGACCAAUAAACUGGCCGUUUUUAGUACGCGGUAUAUCAUUCUGGACAUUAGGUGAUAAAAAACAGCAAAUUUAUUUACUAGGUAAUCCAUUCACCUGGUGGAUAUCUAUUGGCUCUAUUGCAGUUCUCGUAGGUGUGGUAGCUGCAGAUCUUAUAUCACGACGACGUGGAGUUCAACCUAUUCCUGAUCCUGUUCGUAAUCGACUAUAUAAUUCAGCAGGAUUCUUUUCAAUGGCUUGGUUAUUUCAUUAUGUUCCAUUUUUCUUAAUGGGUAGAUCAUUAUUCCUUCAUCAUUAUCUUCCCGGAUUAAUUUGUAGUUAUUUAGUAGCAGCUGCAGUAUUUCAAUUUAUGUUUAUAAGUUCUAUCAAUUAUCCUGUUUCAGUUGGUUUACCAUAUAAAUCAACAAGUAAAAUAGUAUUAAAAGCGAAGGUUGAUUAUAUAGCAAAAAUAUGUUGUACUGUAUUAUUAAGUAUAGCAGGAAUAAUGUUUAUAUACUUUGCUCCAAUGACAUAUGGCACUCCAGGAUUAGAACCCGAUGAUAUUUCACAUAGACAAUGGUUGGAAACUUGGGAUUUUCAUUUUCAAACAAAGAAAGGUUGA